AUGGACCGAUACAUCUUUGUCCCCGUUGCCAUGGAGACCACAGGAGUCACGUUAAUCUCACCAUCUCAAGGGCUCACGAAGAAUCCCGCCAUCCACCAAAUUAUUAGCCUCGAUGGGGACGCGAUCCUUAAGGAAAAUCCGAUCGACCCCUUCGCCAUGUUGGAGCGGAACGAGGCCAUCAACUUGAUCCCAAUAUUGGCGCGCAGUGUUCCGAAACGUUGCCGGGAAAUGUACGACCGCCCCGAAAUCGAGGCCUUGUACGAGCAAGACUUCGACCUCGUCCUUCUCCAGUACGUCUAUAAUGAGUGUGCCCUUGGCUUCGUGGACAAAAUUUUGACUAAAAAUGGGACAAAUUCGAAUCUUCCACCCCCACUCGUCGUCUUCUCGGUUAUUAAUGCGGAUUACAGAAUUCUGAAUUAUGUCGGGGGAAACCACCCCAGCUCAUUCGUGUCGAAUCCUCACCUCGAUUUCAGCGACGGGAUGACCUUCUCGCAAAGGUUGGUGAAUUUUGGGGCGAAUCAUCUACACGAAGCGGUUCGCAGGUUUUACUACCUUCCCGCGAUGGAGGCCGUGUACAAGGAGAAGCUUGGGCGGGAUGCCUCCUCCGUGGCGGAAGUGCUGAGCAAGGCUUCCCUGAUUUUAUCGAAUGGCCACUUUUCCACGCGUCCACCGAGACCGAACCUCCCAAAUGUGGUGGACGUCGGAGGGAUACAUUCCCGAAAGGGCAAACCGUUGUCAAUGGAGAUUGAAAACUUUCUCGCCUCCGGAGGAGAUCUUGAGGACGACGGUUUUAUCCUAUUUUCGCUCGGAACAUAUGUCCUCUCAAGUGCGAUGUCUGCUCAAAAGAAGACCAUGCUCAUCAACGUAUUUGCUCGUUUGAAGCAGAAAGUGAUUUGGAAAUAUGAAUCAGACGAUGUUCCAAUUAUCGUGCCGAAGAACGUUUUUCUCAGCAAGUGGCUUCCCCAGAUGGACCUCCUCGGACAUCCGAAAAUUCGCCUCUUUAUCACGCAUUGUGGCGCGGGAGGGAUUGAAGAAGCCAUUUUCCACGGGGUGCCGCUUAUCGAAAUUCCCUUCUUCGGAGACCAACCCCCCGAGAGGCAAGGUUUCCUCGUCCGACUCGAGUGGAAGGAUGUGACGGAAGAAAGGCUUAUCGAUAAAUGA